UCUUAAAAUUAUGCAACUUGAAAAAGAAAACCAACAAUUAAAAGAAUAUAUUCAAGUUCUUGAAUAUCCUGGAACUACAUCCUUAUUAUUAAUUAUAAAAUAUCCAUCUAUGAAAGCUUCUUCAAGUGAAGAAAAACCUAAAACUAGACCUAAAGCUUUUAAAUUUGGAAAUUUAGUAACUUCUGAAGCUAUUACAAAAGAAGUAUAA